AUGGCCUCCAAGGCUGUCCUGAAGGCCAUCAAGUCUUCUCUAGAUGCUGGGCAGUACGCGAAAGCGGCCGACCAAGCCGAGGAAUUACUGAAGCAGGACGGCAAAAACCACACAGCAUUGCUUUUUCUUGGAUUUGCAAGAGAGAAACUUGGAGACCUUGAGGCUGCAGAAAAGGCCAUUCACAAGGCUGCAGAUCUCAAGCCCCAAGAUGCGCAAGGCUACAAGGGGCUGAUCACCCUGUAUGAGAAACAAGGCAGUGCGAAGGUGGACCAGUAUCACGAUGUGGCACUCAAGCUGGCGGAGAUAUACGUGCAGCAAGAAGACAGACCACAAUGCCAAAAUGUGAUUGACAAGUAUGAGCUAUUCGCAAAGAAGCACGGAAGUCGAGCUCAGUAUCGGCGGGGACUGGAAUUAAUUCUACCCACAUCACCGCUUUAUCCGACCCUCGAAGGCCGUGUCAUGCAACCAAGUAUUACAUACCAACGGAUUCUCGAGUCGGCCUUGGCGGAAGAGAAAGAAUGGAUCAAUACACAGAUUGGUGAAAGAAGAACACGACUAGGAGCGAAGAUCGAUCAGGUCACCCGUCAGGUCAAGGCAGAAGCUAUCAGCAAGUUCCAAAUCGAAGAUAAAUAUGCUGCGCUGAUCGACUGGACAAGAGAUGAUGAUGCGCGCCAUGAUUUGGAACAAAAAUUGUUCCAACGCAUGUAUGACACCUUACUCGUUCUACCAAAAGAUGCCAAAUCCAGCCAGCGCGACAAGGUCCUCAACAUGGCAAACGGGAUGGUCAUCAUCAAACUGCGCUGUCUGCUGGCCUGGAAGAUUGCCCUGGAAUGGGUCGAUGCAGAGGACUUGGUGGAAUGGGAUGUGAACAUCUUCCGCGAAUACAUCGACUAUUUUCCCGAAGAAGGCUUGAGUAGGGUCCUGCGUGGGUUCCUUGAGAGUAAUGUAUCUCCAUUCCCACAUCCACCCACCGAGGAAGGCGAAGGUGAUGAACUACCUCAGAAGCUGAGUGAGGCUGAUCAGCUCAUUCUCAUGAAUGAAGGUCUCGAGGAUUGUCCUGAAUCUCUUGUAGGCCAUCGAAUCAUGGCUUACACGUAUUUGCAUUUUGAGGACUGGCAAAGCACCGUCGACGCCGCACGGAAGGCUCAGAUGCUGCACAAGAAUGCGGAACAGCAAUUCGCUUUGAACUUGCAGGACAGUCUCGACGGCGUGAAUCUCAUAUUGGCCAGGGCCCUUAUCCCUUUCCAAUCUCCCCGCCAUCAUCCCGAAGCGAAGGCUUUGUUUCAAGGUAUUCUCGAACGAAAGCCUAAGCUUACAGCAGCCUUACUGGGCGUGGGCUUGAUCUUUGAAGAAGACGAAGACUAUGCGGAAGCUGUCAAGUUCUUACAACAAGCUGCAGACCGCGAUCCCGAUAAUGCCAGGAUCAAGCUCGAGCUUGCUUGGUGUCGCGCCCAAAAUGGAGAACUUGAAAAUGGCCUUCGUGAUCUACAAGAGGUGCUGUCAGCCAUUGAGUCGCAGAAGAAUCAGGAUAUGCCCAUGAAAUCAGUCGCACUUUAUCGGAUCGCCUACUGUAUGUGGAACAUCAAUACUUCCGCUUUGGCACGAAAAGACAAGUCCGGCCCUUACCGAUACCUCAUUGCUUCCGUCAAAGCAAACCCAAGCUACGCUCCAGCAUAUACCCUACUAGGGAUAUACUUCCAGGAAUAUGGCAGAAGCAAGCAGCGAGCUCGGGUGGCGCUACAAAAGGCCUUCGAACUAUCGGCCUCAGAACUGGAAGCCGCACACAGACUUGCAAAAGCGUUCGCCGACGGCGGGGAGUGGGAUCUCGUCGAGCUCGUCGCGCAGCGUGUGAUUGCUUCAGGAAAAGCCAGGCCUGCCCCGGGAUCCAAGAAAAAAGCCUACAGCUGGCCGUACGCUGCACUAGGCGUGGUGAUGAUGAACAAACAACACUAUUCUCAAAGCAUAGUCUCAUUCCAGGCUGCCCUCCGGAUCACUCCUGAUGACUACUAUUCUUGGGUUGGCCUCGGUGAAAGUUAUCAUAAUGCCGGCCGCCAUAUCGCUGCUACCAAAGCAUUCGCGAAAGCUGAGAGCAUCGGUCACGAACUGCCACCUGAGGAGACCUGGUUUGCCAAGUACAUGCUUGCCAAUGUCCAGCGCGAACUGGGCCUCUUUGAUGAAGCCGUUGCGGCGUAUAACGAUGUGCUCGCGCUCAAACCGGGAGAGUUCGGCGUUCUUCUUUCAUUGCUCCAGACAAUUUCCGAAAGUGCAUGGGCAAAAGUUGGUCUUGGAAUGUACGGCGAGGCGGUGAGGCUCGCAAAAUCUGCGCUUGAAGUCGCAGCCCAGAUCGCCGAAGAUAGCACUGACUUCUUCAACCUGUGGAAGGCCAUCGGGGACUCUUGUUCCGUCCUCGGUCACAUCAAGCUUCAUGCAACUGCAGCAGAUGUUCAAGUGAUCAUAACCUUACUCGAAACAUCAGUUGAUGCUGAAUGGGGUGUUCUCAGACAAGUGGACAAGGUCGGGGUUGAACUAUUAAAGGCUGACGAAGGAGACAAUCCCUCCAACGUUGCUGAUAAAUGGCUUUUUGCUGCUAUACUUGCUCACAAACGAGCCAUUCAUGCUUCUUCGACCGAUCAACAUGCCCAGGCUGUGGCGUGGUACAACCUCGGUUGGGCAGAGUAUGAUGCAUACGUUUCGGGUGGCGAGGCGAUCAAACCACGGGGCAAGAAGCUUCCCCGAUUCCUCAAAGCAGCAAUCAAGUGCUUCAAAAGAGCUAUUGAACUGGAGGCUGGCAAUUCCGAAUUUUGGAACGCCCUCGGCGUUGUCACCAUGACGCUCAGCCCCAAGGUCUCGCAGCACUCGUUCGUGCGAAGCCUGCAUCUAAACGAACACAGCGCCCGAACUUGGACGAAUCUUGGAGUGCUCUGCUUGAUCAACAACGACACCCAACUUGCCAAUGAAGCAUUCACACGAGCCCAAUCUGAAGAUCCAGAAUAUGCAGACGCAUGGAUCGGACAAGGACUGUUGGCGAUGUUGUUUGGAAGCCUUCAAGAAGCAAGAGGACUAUGCAUGCACGCCUUUGAGAUUGCAGAUGCAUCCCUGCUGCCGGCAAGACGUCACUACGCUCUCUCUGCUUUCGACCACCUGCUCAAAGAUCCCGCCCGGUCAGAAGAAGUCAGCGCUCUUCUACAACCGCUGUUUGCGAUGCGUCAAUAUCACGCCCAGCAACCCUCCGAUAUGAAUGCGACUCAUCUGCUAGCACUGUUUGCGGAGCGCGUCGGUGAUUAUGCAACCAGCGCAACCUCCCUGGCAGAGGUAUGCAACGCUGCCGAAGCAGAAUACGAGACCUCCGAGUCCAAUGAAUACCUGGCCAGGUUCGCCCAGGCAAAGGCAGAUCUUGCUCGUGCGCAGCUCGCCUGUGGCGACUACUCCGAAGCCGUGUCCAAUGCAGAGACUGCUCUAGAUUUGUCAGGUGAUGCAGACGAGCUUGGUCCAAUGUACGCUGAGACCCGGCAGAAAUGGAGGCUUUCUGCACAGAUCACGGCAGGUCUUGCCCACAGCCGUCUACAGCAGACCGAAAGCUCGAUCAAGAUGUUUGAGGCGGCACUCCAGGAGUGCAAGGGUGAUCCAGAUAUUGUCUGCAUGCUUGCGCAGGUGUUGUGGGCCAAAGGCGGACCGGCAGAGAAAGAAGCGGCAAGAUCACAGCUCUUCGACGUUGUCGAGAUCCACCCAGGGCAUGUCCAAGCCGUGGCGCUCCUGGCCGUCACCGGCUUACUAGACGACGACCUGGAUAUUCUGGAAGCUGUAGAAGAAGACCUCAAGGCGCUGAGACGUGGCGACGGAAUCGGGGUGCUGGACAAGAUUCGGGUCACCAAGAUUCUGGCUGGCAUCGUCGGAUAUCGCGCACAACCACAACAAAGACAACAAGCAAGUGAGCAAAAGGUAGACCAGCCCGAAGUCAUUGCAGAUGCUCUUAAUGGGAUCAUGCUCGCACCGGGACAACCGCAAGGCUGGCUCGAACUUGCACAGGCUGCUGGAGGAGGCGGCGCCGGCGGCGGCUAUGUUGCGGAAAUGGCUGUCCUUAACGCAGAAAGACGGAUUCCCCCGGGUGGGAAUCUGUCGGCGACUGACCUGGCCAGAGCAUACGAGGAAGCCGGCGAUCUUCUGAAGGCGAAGUUUAUCGCACCCUGGCGGCUGGAUAUUGCUGCAGACACCGCCUAA